AGAGAGAGAGGAGGAGGAAAAGAAUUGGGGACGAGAAGGAUUUUGUUCUUAGUAUUGGGGUUUUUCUUAGCCAAUUUCUCUUCCCUCUAAUCGAGGAUUUGGUUUCCCCCUUCCCAAUCUCUGCCUCUCCUUGUUGCUCGCUUAGGAUCCACGAGUGAGAUCAAAAUAGGUCAUUUGAUCGGGGGGAAUUGAUCUGUUUGUUGAUUGAUAGGGCCUUUUAUUUGAUUGGUUGGUGUGGUUUCUGGAUUUAUUGAUCGUUCUUGGAGUCUAGGGUUCCUGUUUUGUUUUUGUUUGUAUAGAUGGACGAGGCCUGGGAGAGGGCCGUGGAGGCGGCGCUCGGAGGUCAGGCGGACUCGUCGUCAUCAUCGUCGGCGCCGCCUCGGACCCUCACCCUUGACGGCUCCGUGAAGUGCCUCCACGGCCGUCUGCCGCCACCCGAGAUCCUGGAGCGGUACCAGUCGCUGGAGCACCUCUCGAUCGCUAACGUCGGAGUGUCGUCGCUGGAGAAGUUCCCGCGUCUUCGGAACUUGCAGCGGCUUAUACUCUCCGACAACCGCAUCGCCGGGGGGCUCGAGUUCUUGGUGGAGGCGGGUCUGGAUUCGCUGCGGGACCUCGAUCUAUCCAACAACCGGAUCCAGUUCCUGGAGGACCUGGCGCCUCUGGCUCACCUCCGGCUCGUAUCCUUAGAUCUGUAUGAAUGCCCUGUUACUAGGACCAAAGAUUAUCGAUCAAGGGUGUUCGGAAUGAUCAGGACUCUGAAAUAUCUAGACAAGAUGGAUGCCGAUGAGAAUGAGCGACCAGAGUCUGACGAGGAAGAGGAGGAGGAGGAAGAUGAUGAUGAGGAGGAUGAGGAGGAGGAUCCUGGCAGUGGCGAGGUUGAUGGUGAUGAUCAGGCUGGGAGGUUGGUGAACGGUGUUGGUAGUGGCGCUAGAGGAGGUGGGAUUGUCGAUGUCGACGAGGAAGAUGAGAGUGAUGCUGAAGAGGAGGACGCUGAAACGGUUAGGAGGGCCGAUUCCAAUGCAUCAUUACAGAGGUAUCAUCUAGCUAAUGGAUUUCGGGUGGCCCCAGUCGGUGUUUCUUCUUUAGACGGGGAAGAAGAUGAGGACGAAGAGGAGGAUGUCGAAGAUGAUGAUGACGAAGAGGAAGACAAUGAUGAAGAUCUGGGGGAGGAGAUUGAUGCAGAGGAUGGUGACGAGGAGGAUGUGGUUGAGGUGCAUGACGUUGGGGACAGCGAUGAGGAUAUUGAUGGGGUCGAAGAGGAUGGCGAGGAAGAGGUGGAUGAAGAGGAAGAGGAUGAUGAGGAUGGUAGCGGGGAAGAAGACCAGGAGGACGUCGAGGAUGAAGAGGAUGACGGUGUGCCUGGAAGCUCGGGGAGAUUGAUUAAUGCAGAAGGGGAGAUUGAUGGUCACGAGCAAGGCGAAGGGGAUGAGGAUGAGAAUGGAGAGAUUGGAGAGGAGGAUGAACAAGGAGUGGAUGACGAUAGAUUUUCUGAAGAGGGUGAUGGCGAGGAUGAUGACGAGGAUGAUGAUAUUGGCGGGGAAUAUCUGGUGCAGCCGAUUGCUCAACCUCCAACAGUAAGAAGAGAUUUUGAUGCUUGCAAUGAUGAAGAAGAAGACGAGGUUGACGACGAGGAAGAUGAUCCUCACAGGAACACUACCUUGCCACACCAGCCUUCCUCUUCUCAGCCUAACAAGAGGAAGAGAGAUGAAGAAGAUGACAUAGAUGAUCAGAAUCUGAGAUCCUCCAAGCAUCCUUGAUGAUUCACCAGCAGUUUGAAGGACAUGGUGGGUUUUUUUUCCUACAAGGCCUGUCUAGAUCUUAUUAGUUCAAAAAACUAGGAGGGAAGAGUUCUCCAGUAGGUUUCUUCCCUCUCUCUUCCCCACCCCCUCAUUUCAAAAGUUCGGUAGUAUCUUUGUCAGUACAUGUUUUCCCGUUUUGCCGUUGGAACCCUUCCUUUCAAAUGGCAGUUAUAUAUACCUAUGAGGCUUGAGUUUUUCCCUCCA